AUGUCCCUGCCUAGCCGAUAUUUGGCGCUGUUAGCUCUCCUUUCACUACUUUCAUUCUUCAAUAUAGGGGCAUGUGCCGCAGAUGUUUCGUCACCUAUAAAUCAUGGGUCUGAAAAUGGUGCAAGGGGUAAUCAUUUUGAGCACGCGUCCAUGAAAGACGAUGCCCAUAAUGCGCAUACGCACCAGCAGAUGGGCACGGACGGAGAUCACUCGUAUACCUGCCAGGCCAUUUUUCCCAGCAGCAGUUCACCGACAUUCCCUACCUUGAACGCUGGUGCCAAGACGCAGGCGCUCAUUGCCUUCCACAACUAUGAUCCCUCUAACACCGUUCACAUUCUUCUCGCCUCCGGUAAUCUUAUAUUUAGGAAUCAGGAUAGAGUGCUUCAGAACUUCUCGGUGGUGCGCAACGCACGUGUUGUGAGGCCUGGUGAAACGGUCACCGUGGACUACCGCUUCACACCCAGUCCUGGGUUGGAUCCAGGUAUGUACUCCGUCUUCCUUGGCCUCCAUUGUAUGGACACCACCACAAACCGCACCUUCCUUGCCACCGCCUUCAGAGGUGAAGUCCUGAUCGGCGACACCCUCAACUCAGACGCGCGCACUAUCCUCACAUACUUCACACUUAUCGCGAUUAUAUUAGUGAUGGUGUACGGUAUCUGCGCGCGCCUCGGCCUCAUCCGUAAAAUUGUAGCUCUAUGGCGAAGUCGCAAGCAGCAUGCUCAGCCGCGCGUGCACACGGAAACGGGAACUGUAGACAACAACUAUGACCCGGAAUACAUCUCAGCAGAGCAUCUCCGUUAUCGUGACGCGAUGCUGAAGCGUCACAAUUCUCCUGCGAGCGCACGCAAGAAAAAUUAA